AUGCCGUGCGUGGCGGGGCGACAUUUUGUUGGAUGUUGUUCGGUUGCGCGUAUGGUUUGGUUUGCCGCGAAGGUGCCACUUAUGGAUUUAGUACUAGGAUGGGAAUGGCCGGAUCAACAGACACGACAAGAACAAGUGAUGCCGCGUGGUGGUGAUACGUUUGUUGACACUGGUGGUGGUGAUAUGUUUGCUGGUACCCGUGGUGGUGAUAAGUUUGUUGGCACUAGUGGUACUGGUAACUUUAGUAUGGCCGGUGAUGAUGCGACGGACGGGGCGAAAUGA